AUGGUCCGGGAAACGAUUGACUUGACGGCGUCCGAUCCGGAGACUGCCCCCUCCAGCAAUCGGAAACUCGUCUACAGCGCCUGGAAGCAGCAGCUGCUCAAUUGUCUGAACGGCAUCGUGUCUUCCGGCGACUUCGCCGUGUCUCGCCAGUAUCAGACAUUUGCGAACCCCGGCCUGCGGAUCGCGGGGAGCGAGGCCGUAAUCCCCUUACCGCUCACUGACCGUGACGCUGAAACGAUUCGGGGUGCCUGCAGGGAGGCUCCCUUUGGCAGAGGAGACCAGACGCUCGUUGACACGUCGGUGCGGAAGACCUGGGAGCUGGAUGCCACGCAGUUUGAGUGUAGCAAUCCCAGUUGGCCGACCUUCUUCAACAGGCUCUUGAACGAUGCCGCCGCCGGUCUCGGCCUGCCAGAUGUCAGCGCGAAGCCACACAAGCUCCUGCUUUACGAAAAGGGGUCUUUUUUCAAGAGGCACAAGGACUCUGAAAAGGAGGCCGGGAUGAUAGCCACGCUCGUCGUCUGCUUGCCCGGCAUACACAAGGGAGGAGACGUCCAUCUUUCGUUUGGAUCCGAACGGCGUGCUCUAGCGACAGCACCAGCAUCGGCCUUCGACGUCACGGCCCUGGCGUGGUACUCCGACGUGGAUCAUGAGGUCAAGCCCUUGGACACCGGCAAUCGGCUGGCCCUGACCUACAACCUGUUCCAGUCCGGCAGCGUCAAGCAAUCCGCCCAGUUUCUCUUCGAACGCUCACAGCAGCUGAAGAGCAUUAUAGGCAAAUGGCAGGCCAAUUUCCCCGAGGUGCCCAUGAUCGUCUACCCGCUCGCCCACAAGUAUAGCCAGUCCAGCCUAUCGUUGAACAAUAUGAAAGGCCGUGAUCGCGCCAUCUGCCACAGCCUCAAAGAAGCAAGCACUGCUUGUGGGCUCUACCUCGUCCUGGCCCACAUGACACAUACGGCGGAUGAGUUCGACUCCUAUUACGCGACCGACGAAGGCGAAACUAGUACAACCCUGAAGAGCAUCUACUCGUGUGAUGGAGCGCAGAUAGGUUCAAACGACAUAAUCGACGACAGUGUACUUCUGGACUCCGACAUGUUCACGGAUCGCGAUGCCGACAGCCAAGACGAGGAAGAGUUCACAGGCAACGAGAGCGCACCCAUCUCUCUCCGAUAUCACGACACCGUAGCUGUGCUGAUACCCAGGCACCGGGUAAAUCGGUUCCUGAAGUCAAAUAAUUAUCGAGCAACUCGUGAUCAAGAGGUAGAAAACCUCGUGUCUAUGGUCAAGCAAGAUUAUGAGGAGCACCGGGAGAGUUCCGGGGUCAAGUCGAGUACUCUCAAAGUCAUGACCGAGGCUCUUGCCGUCAGUUCCAGUCCCCCACAGCUGACGAUGGCUUGUACAAUCGCAAAAUGGGCUUUGGAAGCGAAAUUUGAAGACCUCUACCAACAGGCUCUGUCAACUGCUCUCUGUGGAAAGGUGCCACCAAAAGAGCUGGUCGACGUGGUUUCUCGCCAUCUUGAUGAAGCCUUUGCCAAGGACCCGAAGGACGUGGACUGGCAAAAAUGGCUUGGCCCGUUCCUACGCACUACGUCCCUGGCGGUCAGGGAUCUCACUGCGAAGAUGUUCAUAGCCCGUCUCAAGACUAAGACGCUGCAAGACUCACUCAGAGCCUGGGCUCAGCCGCAAUUCGACCUGAAAUUGGACACUCAGGAACACUUCACUGUCGAUGACCAUGACUAUUUUCUGUCCAACUUAGUCCCAGCUCAGUAUAACGAUGUCACCGUGAAAGAUCUCUUUGAGAACACUCUCAGGACGGCCCGCUCGCGGCUUGCAUUGCAGCCGCAAGACUUGAUUGCGAAGCACGCCGGAGUCUCCUUUCCAUAUGUACCGAAGAAUCACGCGUCCAGUGUGUUGUUGCGACAGUUUACGACACUCAUCAAGCAAAGCUUGACAGUUGGUGUUUCUCAGCAGGCCAUUGAACUUGUGGAGCACUGCUACAGAGCGUUCAAUGCCGCAAAGUCGUCGUGGGAUCCAUCUCGAUUCCAUGACGAGAGUUUGGUCGAAGACCUGCUCGUACCACUCGCUUCCGCAUUCCACUCUUGCAACGUCUGCCUCACACCAGACGUCAGAGCGUUCUUUGAGCUCCUCAUACGGCAUGCCCUACAUACCCAAGUACCCAAGUAUCCGAAGGCGAUGACUGGCUGGCGUCACAAGCGACGGGGGUGCGGCAGAUGUGAGGAUUGCGCUGCCCUGGAUAUCUUUUUGGAGUCCGAAGUCGAGAGAGUUUGGAAUCUCCGCGCGGCACAGCACAGACGGUCGCAUAUUGAAGGUAAGCUCCCAGCCUCCAUCUUCAGAUACCAAACAAUCGCGAGCAAAUCACCAUAUACACUUCGUGUGGAGAAGCUCGGCACGGAGUUUCAAGAGGAAGUCAGAGAUUUCCGUAGCAAAUUCCUGGUUCAUGAUGGUAUGCUUGCCCCUUUGCGGGGGGCCAUCUUCCAAAGUAUCCUGGGCGAUGUGGCAUAUCGGGAGUUAAUUGAGCUUGAGCAUCUGAGGGGAAAGCUCCCGGCAGCUGUCGCGGGAGUCAAGAGGCCCUCUCAAAGCGACGUCGCCGGGGACAGCGCUCGUCAAAGACUGUGA